AUGCCUUCGUUCCCUCCCCAAGCCCUCACGACUCUGGACCAUCUCAUCAUCCCUUCCUAUCUAAGCGGCGUAUCGACCUUCGAUCUGAGAGGAAGAGACAAGGCCGCAGCAUUGAGUCGCCUCGAGCUAGCGGCAGCAAGGCUCGUCACGCAUCUCCCUUUCCUCGGCGGAGAUGUAGCCCCAGCAGGCGACCGCGACGAAAAGCUCAAUGCAUACGAGCUGCGCAGCGCUGACAACGAUAGGGAUCCCUUUCUACAAGUCAAGGAACACCCGGCAUCCACGCCGCUGCUUAUCAACGGACAGCUGAACGCGGAAUUUGUACCCGGUGAAGAGGUCAUCGACUUCUCGCAGCCUUGCCCAGUCCUCCGGCUGCAGGCUAACAUCGUCGGCGAUACACUGCACCUUGUCAGCCGCUCUCACCACAUGGCACUGGACGGCAUGGGUGGUUCGGUCGUGGGCAACACGCUCUCCCAGCUCUGCCGCAACCCGGAUACACCUCCUGCUGAUCUACCUACGACUGCGGCCGAGCAGAGGCGCAUGCAGGAGCAUCUCUUGCGCAUGGCAUCCUCGUCCACCCCCGAGGCACUCCGCUGGACACCCAAACCGUUCAAUAUCGCGCCGCUCGACAUGACGGAUCCACGAAACGUCACUCUCAACCGGAAAUACAGGAUAAGCGCGGGUCGAAUCCGACGGAUCAAGAGCGCAUGCGAGGCAAUCAUCCGGGACCAUGCGCCCAGCGAGCUGCGCGACGUGCGCUUCUCCUCAAGCCUGGUCAUCGGCGCGUUGAUCGGGCUCUGCUGCUACCGCGCCCGACAGGCAGCAGGGUUGGGCGAUUGGUAUGGACCAACGCUGGACGUGGCGUACAACAUCCGCCAGCAGCUAGGCCUGCCAGCGACAUACAUGGGCAACGCAGUCGUCACGGUCGAGUGCCAGCUCGACGGCCAAUAUCUGUCAUCGAAUGCCGACAUCCUCUCCAGUCCAGAUCUCGGCAUCAGCAGCAAAGACCUCCAAGGCAUCUGCAACACCCUUCUCUCCCUCGUCCCAAAACUCCGCGAGUACAGCGCCAGCCACGUCGCCGGGAUGCUAGGCACACUGAACGCGCUACAAGACCGCUCCGCAGUGCAGUGCUCCUUCCGUGGCCUCGCAUACUCGGACACACACAAGAUGGACUUCUUCCAGGACUAUGGGCCGCUCGGCGAAGUGCAGAGCUUUGCGAUUCCGGGGAAUGAGUUUGCGGGGGUCUGCUGGCUGCUGGCGACGAGGCCCGGGGUGGAGGAUUAUGAGUUGCAGGUUGGGCUGGAGGGUGCGGCGAUGGGGGAGUUGGAGAGGGAUGCGUUGUUGAAGUGGGUGGGGGAGAUAAGGGAGGCGGGCAGCAGGCUGUAG